GUCAUUUGUCCUUCCACACCAGAACAUGGCCAGUGUGAACAGAAAAGUUGCUGUCGUCGGCAGUGGCCUUAUUGGCCGCAGCUGGGCCAUGUUGUUCGCCUCAAAGGGUUACAGCGUCUCUAUCUACGACGUUGAUCCCGCCCAGGUCUCAGCCGCCCUAGAGAACAUCCAAGUCCUCCUGGAGAAAAUGGAGAAAGAAGGACUUCUCAAAGGCACACUCUCCUCGCAAGAACAGUUCAAGCUCAUCUCAGGGAGUGGAAGCUUUGAGGAAUGUGUUGAAGGUGCAGUAUACGUACAGGAAGCUGUCCCAGAAAAUCUUUCCCUGAAACAAGAGAUAUUUAGGAAGUUGGAUGCCACUGUUAAAGAUGACGAUGUCAUCCUCGCCAGCUCUACGAGUUUUAUCCCAGCCAGCAAAUUCAGUGAAGAUCUCAAACAUCGCGGUCAGGUCAUAGUGGCACAUCCAACAAAUCCUCCGUAUUUCGUCCCGCUGGUCGAGUUGGUCCCCGCACCCUGGACUUUUCCCAGUAUCACCCAGAGAUGUAAAGCAAUAAUGGAGGAGAUAGGCCAGGUCCCCUGUUUGCUCAACCGCGAGAUCGAGGGAUUCAUCUUGAACAGGAUGCAGUUUGCCCUAAUGACGGAAUGUUGGCGGGUAGUAGCGGAUGGUGUUGUCAGUGUAGAAGAUCUGGACAAAGUCAUGUCAUAUGGUCUGGGACAUCGUUAUGCCUUUCUUGGGCCUCUGGAGGUCGCCCACCUCAAUGCUGAAGGCAUGGCCAGCUACAGUGAUAGAUAUGGCCCCAGUAUCUUCGAGACAGUAGAGGGUUUCGGACCAACUCCGAUCAUGAAUGGGGAGACAGUUGAGAAGACAGGCAUUCUGAAGCAACUCUGUGAUAUGGUCCCUCUGGAUCAACUGAAGGAGAGACGGAUCUGGAGGGAUGGGAGAUUGGCUGCUUUUGCAAAAUGGAAGAAAGAGUUGGAUGAUGCUGAUCAGAAAUAGUCCUGGUGGUGAAAAAGUAAUUGGGGUCAAGAAUUUUUUGUCUGUGGGAAAAUGCAAAGAAUGGGUAAAACCAAGUGUGAGGCAACCAAGCUGCAGAACUUGUCAGACAUGAUUUAUAGUUGAUAAUUUCAAUAAA